AUGUUGUGUUCCGAUGCCCAAGCCAACUCGAGCGACAACACGUUUGGAAACAUGAAUACAAUUAACAUUUAUGCAAUUACGGAAAUCCAAAAAGAAAUAGAUCCCUGUGAUAUGAUAUCUAUGGUGUUUCUUCUUUACGAUGUCCCUGACACGGCUUUGCAGCGUCUUGUAAUAUAUGAAAGAGUUUACAAAGAUAGCAUAGGAGGAAGUACAUCAGAUUUACUACAUCAAUGGGCCUUACAUGCCCAAAACAGAACUACUUGGAAGCAUGAAUUUCUAGAGGCACUGGUCACUUGUCAACUCAAUAAAAUAAUAAGAAAAUUGGGUUUCAAUGUUACAGAUAUCAAAAGAAACUUUGAGAUAGAUAGUGGUAAUACUUAUCUUAAUCCCAUGAAGAAGUUAUUGUACAAAUUAUGUGAAAACAUAGAGUUGCAAAAUCUUUCCAAAUUGAAAAAUACUUUGUUGACAUAUAAUAUUAACACUACAGAUUACGAAAAUUGUGAAUUGAUAUUUUUAGACCUAAUGUGCAGGAAAUUUAUUAGCUUUCAACAGAACCACUAUGGCAACAGAGUUACAUCUUAUGAAUAUGAUGUAGAGAAACUAGCAGAUAUAAUUGAAAACUUUGAUGGCCUCGAGAAAUUUUCUGAAGAGCUUAGAGCUCUCAACUUCGCUGGUAAAAUUCAACCUCAGCAUCAAGUUGCACCUGUUGCAUCCACAUCUAACACCAAACAAGAUAAUAAAGAAAGCAAUAAGAAUGAUCAAGUUCAUGAAGAAGAUUUAAAUGAAUCUUUUGAUUUAAUAAAAAAAUUAAUGGAAGAUGUUCAUAUUGAUAGUUUAAAAUCUGACAAAAGAGUAGAGAACAGCACUGUAUAUGAUAUUAAAAAUCCUAAUAAAGUAGGCAUCUGUUACAUCAUAAAUCAGGAGCAUUUUUAUCCUUCAAAAAUCAGCAUUGAAAAUAAGUCAGACAGCAAACAGUUGCAAUCUCGCAUAGGCUCUACAAAAGAUAAGGAAAGUUUAAAGGAAACAAUGUCUGCACUAAACUUUGAAGUCAUAACUGAUGAUAAUCUAGACCACAAGACUAUGAUUAAUAAGAUUGAAAACAUAUUAAAAUAUCGAGUUCAACGUGACCACAGUAUCUUUAUUCUGUGUAUAUUGUCUCAUGGAACAAAAGGCCAUAUUUAUGCAGCUGAUUCUGUAAGAGUGAAAGUGGAAACAAUUGAAAAUUUAUUAGAUUGUGAUGGAGCAAAGCAUUUACAAGGCAUGCCCAAGGUGGUUAUUUUUCAAGCCUGCCAAGUCAAUGAGGAAGAGCAGACACAUGAACUGAUAGCUGAUGCUCCUAAAUACUACAUAAAAAAGUCAGAUAUUCUAAUUUAUUCAGCUACUGCACCUGGCUAUGAGGCAUAUAGAUUAGAAAAAUAUGGUUCAAUUUUCAUACAAAUAUUGUGCAAGGUAAUAGAGGAAAAUGCUGAUACAGCUCAUUUAGAAGAUAUAUUUACUAAAGUUACAUAUUUCGUCCAUAAAAUUUGCACUAAGUUACGUCGAGAUCAGUUGCCUAAAAAAGAAACUACUUUGUUAAAAAAAUUGCAUUUGAAAAAGAUUAUUUAGAUAAGAAAUUUAACUACAGUAAUAUGUACUGAGAAUAAUAUAAUAAAACUUUGUGUAUGAAUUUGUAAUAAA